CUUAGUGGGCAAAGAAGAGUGUUUUCAGCUAUGAAGAGCCCUUACACCCACAUUGUUGAAUCUCUGGAUGCCCAGAAGCCUGAACAUAAGUUCUUCAAUCUUACAAAACUUGGAGACCCCAGAUAUGAACGUCUACCCUUCUCAAUCCGUGUGCUGUUGGAGUCAGCCGUGAGGAACUGUGAUGAAUUCCUGGUCAAGAAGGAGGAUGUGGAGCGCAUCCUCAACUGGAAGGAGACACAGAAGCAGACAGUGGAGGUGCCCUUUCGACCAGCCCGUGUGAUCCUGCAGGACUUUACUGGGGUACCUGCAGUGGUAGAUUUAGCUGCAAUGCGGGAUGCAGUAAAGAAACUUGGUGGAGAUCCAGAAAAGAUCAACCCUGUGUGCCCUGCGGACCUAGUCAUUGACCAUUCCAUUCAGGUGGACUUCAACAGAAAAUCUGACAGUCUCCUGAAAAACCAAGAACUUGAAUUUGAAAGAAACAAGGAACGAUUUGAGUUUUUGAAGUGGGGUUCUAAAGCAUUCCAGAACAUGCGCAUCAUUCCUCCAGGUUCGGGUAUAGUGCACCAGGUGAACCUGGAAUAUCUAGCCAGAGUUGUGUUUCAGCAGGAUGGUUACUAUUACCCAGACAGCCUAGUGGGCACUGAUUCCCACACGACCAUGAUUGAUGGCUUGGGUGUUCUGGGAUGGGGUGUAGGAGGUAUUGAGGCAGAGGCUGUCAUGUUGGGUCAGCCAAUCAGCAUGGUCCUCCCCGAGGUCAUUGGCUACAAACUCCAGGGCACUCCAAACAAGUACAUCACCUCUACUGACAUUGUCCUCACAGUCACCAAGCACUUGCGUCAGGUUGGUGUGGUUGGAAAGUUCGUGGAGUUCUUUGGCCCCGGUGUUGGCCAGCUCUCCAUAGCAGACCGUGCCACCAUUGCCAACAUGUGCCCGGAGUAUGGUGCCACAGCUGCCUUUUUCCCUGUAGACCACGUCAGUGUCCAGUAUCUUGAACAGACUGGGCGAGAUGUCGAGAAAAUUGAUUACAUUGCCCAGUAUCUAAAAGCAGUAGGAAUGUUUAGAGACUACAGUAAUGCGACUCAGGACCCAGACUUCACAAAGGUUGUUGAGCUGGAUCUUGGCACGGUUGUUCCCUGCUGCAGUGGACCAAAGAGGCCGCAGGACAAAGUGACUGUGUCGGAAAUGAAGCAGGACUUUGAGACUUGCUUAGCUGCCAAGCAAGGUUUUAAGGGGUUUCAGGUGCCCCCUGAGCGCCAUGAUGUUAGCGUCCCAUUCCAGUAUAACGGUGUGAACUACUCCCUUUCUCAUGGCUCGGUGGUAAUCGCUGCCAUCACCAGCUGUACUAACACCAGCAACCCGUCUGUCAUGCUGGGUGCAGGUCUGCUGGCCAAGAAGGCCAUCCAGUGUGGUUUGAGUGUGAAACCCUACAUUAAGACCAGUUUGUCUCCCGGUAGUGGAGUGGUCACCUAUUAUCUCAAGGAAAGUGGAGUGAUGGACUACCUUGCACAACUGGGCUUUGAGGUGGUUGGGUAUGGCUGCAUGACCUGCAUAGGAAACAGCGGGCCCCUUCCUGAUCCAGUUGUAGAAGCUAUCACCCAGGGAGAUCUAGUAGCAGCAGGAGUUCUGUCGGGUAACAGGAACUUCGAGGGACGUGUUCACCCCAACACACGUGCCAACUACUUGGCCUCUCCUCCUUUAGUCAUAGCUUAUGCAAUCGCGGGGACUGUGAAGAUAGACUUUGAAAAGGAGCCAAUUGCAUUGAACAAAGAGGGGAAAGCAGUUUUCCUGAGGGACAUCUGGCCCACGCGAGAGGAGAUCCAGGCUGUGGAACGUCAGUUUGUUAUUCCUGCCAUGUUUAAGGAGGUCUAUGAAAAAGUGGAGAAAGUCAACGAACGUUGGAACUCUCUCAUUUGUCCUUCUGACAAGCUGUACACCUGGGACCCCAAGUCCACCUACAUCAAGUCUCCACCGUUCUUUGAUGGACUGACUAAAGAGCUUCCCAAGCCCAAGUCAAUAGCAGAUGCUUAUGUGCUGCUUAAUCUGGGAGAUUCUGUAACCACAGACCACAUAUCACCGGCUGGAAAUAUUGCUCGGAACAGCAGUGCCGCCCGCUAUCUGACCAGCCGAGGACUAACACCCCGAGAGUUCAACUCUUACGGCUCUCGGCGAGGUAACGAUGCCGUCAUGGCUCGUGGGACAUUCGCCAACAUCCGCCUCUACAACAAGUUUCUCAACAAGCAGGCCCCUCGCACUGUCUACCUGCCAACAGGGGACACGUUGGAUGUAUAUGAUGCUGCAGAAAAGUACCAGGAGGCAGGUUAUCAGCUGCUGGUUCUGGCUGGAAAGGAAUAUGGGUCAGGAAGCUCCAGAGACUGGGCUGCUAAAGGACCAUUCCUUCUGGGUAUUAAAGUUGUCCUGGCAGAGAGCUAUGAGCGUAUUCACCGCAGUAACCUGGUGGGUAUGGGGAUCAUCCCUCUGGAGUAUCUGCCAGGAGAUACAGCGGACACACUGGGGCUUACUGGCCGAGAGCGCUACACUGUGGUUAUACCUGAACAGCUCACACCUAGAAUGAUUGUUGAUGUUAAGUUGGACACAGGAAAGACAUUUCAGGCUAGAAUGCGGUUCGACACUGACGUGGAGCUUACGUAUUUCCGCCACGGUGGCAUCCUUAACUACAUGAUCCGCAAGAUGACCGAGAAUUAAGAGUGUCUUCCGUCCUCGUCUUUUUGUCAUAUUUUGUUUCUGAAGCACCUGCAUUCGGUCUCGUGCUUCAGUCACAUUUGUGUGUAAUGGAAAAUGAUUCUCAUGAACAUGUUUAUAAAAUAAAGUCUAAAUACAGAUACAGUAUGUGAUAGUUACACUUGCAGUACAGGAAAGUAUAUGAUUAUGGUAUAAAGGACAGGUUAGUCCGUUUAUUUAUCUUGUGAGAAAGGUGAUGUUGGAGCCACAUAGCUCAAUAAACUCAGGUUCAAUUCCAGAAAAUUA